GCGUACUAAGUGCAGUGGAUUUUUCUUCGUCGUCCGUUUUUCGUUUCGUACGAUACUUUACGUCAUGUUUUGACCAGUGUUUUCCGUGCAAAAGUGAAGUGAAACCGACCCCGCAGCUGAGCGUGUUGGAGUACGCGGACCAAAGCGACCCUUUACCCGAAAACUCGGGUGUGCAUCAUUUUCGGUGUGAAUCGGUGUGAAAAGACGAACGGGAAGCUUCUUCUUCGCUAGGUGUGUUUUGUUGGCCAGCAAACAGAGUGGAGCGGGCGCAAUUGGCGCUUCUCGAUCUUCGACCGGCCGAGUGAAAAGCAACGGCCCAGCUAGCUGCUGUCCGGUGCCUGGUUUAAGUUUACCACAACACGGUGCCAUAUCGAACGGGAGCCCCGCUCGGAAGUGAACAGAUUUUUCGCGGUUUUUCGAGUCCGCCUUGUGUGACAGGCGAGAGACGGUGGUCGCGCCACGGACACAACGCAACGACCAGCCGUUUUCCCACGACCACGACGGCAGUGGAUCCGUCGAGCAGCAGAUACGCGUCCGCUCGCCUCAUCGCAUCGCAAUCGAAAACAAUUUAAAAACGCUCACAAUGAAUGAAGUAGGCGUAACGAGUAAAACGGAAACCAUGCUACCGGCAGCACCUUCCGCUUGGGAGCAACUGACUAAUCCAGCACUUGCAGAGCAACAUCAGCAGCAGCUUCAACAACAUCAACAACAGCAGCAGCAACAACAACAGCAGCAACAACAACAAGCACAGCAUCAACACCUAAACCAGUCACAAACAUCGCAACUGCAAGCGUCGAGUCCUACCUCCAUCAGCGCCCCGCCAAUGACUCCUACAAAAACGAUCCCACCCGAUGUGGCCCACACACCCUCGGGAGCAGCACCACCGGCCAUGGGUGCACCCGGGGCCGGUGGACCAAAUUGCAACGAAGACAUUUCCCCAGAGCUCCAGCAGCAAGGUUGGCGGAAGUUCUGGUCCAAGCGGGAAGGUCGCCCAUACUUCUGGAACAAACUCACCGGCGAGUCACUGUGGGAACCGCCUUCGCUAAACCGUGGUCCGCAACAGUUCGAUCCGCUGACGGAUCCGCUCGGUAUCUGCAGCAGUCAUCCGAUGGGUCCGAACGGUCCGUUGCCCCACAAUCCGCACCAUAGCUUUAACAACACGAUAGCAUCACCCCAGAACCACAACCACACGCUGAAACGACGUGCCUCGGAGGAUGCGCAGCACAAUGCGAACGUGGCGGCUAGCGGGACAGGCGCGGCUGGACAACCACCGCUGAAGAAAUACGUCCUUCCCGGGCCCUGGGAUCUCGAGGUGCCGACGAACGUGCUGAUCUACGAGCGACUACCGACAACCUUUCCACAACCGUACCCGGAAAUAGAAGCGCUCCGUGGGUCGCUGACGAUGCGGUUGGCUAAAACGUACGAGGAUCUGUGCAACAAGCGUGAAUCGAUCGCACCACCGAAGGAUUCCUUCCAGCGGUGGCUCAUGGAGCGAAGGAUCAUCGAUCAGGGCGUCGAUCCGCUGCUGCCGAGCCAAUGCUCGCCGGAAAUUUCCCCCCAGCUGUACCGCGAGAUCCUGCGCGACAUUCCGAUCAAGAUUGUGAAGCCAAAGUUCACGGGUGACGCCCGGAAGCAGCUGUCCCGGUACUGCGAUGCGGCGAAGAAGAUCGUCGAGCGGCGCGGAGCCAGCGAGGAAAGCAAGAAGAUCGUCAAAUGGAACGCGGACGAUGCGUACGAGUGGCUGCGGAAAACGGUCGGUGCCAGCUACGAGGACUUUCAGGACCGGCUGAUGCACCUGCAACGUCAGUGCGAACCGCAUAUCAUAGCGACGGUGAGGGUCAGCGUGGAGCAGCUGUGCACGAAGCUGUACCAUCUCUCGAUGCAGCACGCGCGGAACAUACGCGAACGGCAUGCGCUGAUUCUGAAGGAAAACGGCAUACCCGAACUGAGUGCGCCCCUGCAGCCGCCGAUAACGAGGAAAGUGUGGUGCUAUCCGGUGCAGUUUGCGCUUCCCUCGCCCAGAAUGCCCCAGAUCGACUACAACAACGAUCGUGACCAUAUGGUGAUCAAGUACACGAACGCCGCCGUGAUGGCCGGUGCGGACACGCACGUCAUCAACAUUUCUCACCUGCAGAAGCUCGAGCAACUGUACCGGUACAACUGUUUCGAUGACAAAAAGUUUGACUUUUUCAUUGGCCGCGCGUACUGCAUGCUGAAGCGCUACUCGACGUUCCUGGGGAACAACGCCAAUCCGAACCAGCAGGAGCCGGAGCUGACGCAGGCCGCCCUACCGGCCGUCGUUUUCGAGUGUCUGAACGUGCACUUCGGCGUUACGUUCGAGUGUUUCGCCAGCCCGCUAAACUGCUACUUCCGGCAGUACUGCUCGGCGUUCGGUGAUACGGAUUCGUUCUUCGGCUCGCGGGGUUCGUUUCUGGAGUUUAAGCCCGUGUCCGGAUCGUUUCAGGUGAAUCCACCGUACUGCGAAGAAUUAAUCGACGCUAGCCUGCAGCAUAUCGAUCGACUGCUGACCGAUUCGACGGAACCACUGAGCUUUAUCGUGUUUCUGCAAGAAUGGAAAGACCCGCCAUUGAAGUGUCUCUCGAAGAUCGAUGACAGUCCGUACAAACGGAAGCAAGUCGUUGUGAUGGGAAUGGAGCACGAAUAUCGACACGGGUUGCAGCAUUGUAUACCAAAAACGGAAGCCAAUUUUAAAAGCAUCGUUGGAACGAUGGUCGUUUGGCUACAGAACGCGGCCGGUCAUGCACGUUGGGCACCUACGGAGCAACGUGUCGAUGCGCUGCUGGAAGCGUUCCGUCCGGGACGGGAACGGGAUCGUGAUAAAGCCACCGCAGCCGUACCGGUGCAGACAAGUUGCUCCGCAAAUGCUGCCAGCUCCCCCGGUAGCACGACAACGGCGCCUGAAGUUACGACCGGUGCAAGUAAGCCUUCAACGCCAGCGACUGUUUAAAGUCUUUAACAUACGCAUUCAGCACUGAUCCACUCUUCAUCAAUAGAAUUGAUAUCAAUAAUGGCGGAAAAUAGGGAGAUCAAAGGCAAGUGCAAAUCUGUCAUACAGCUUAAAUCACCCUAUGUUCCGGCCUUAGGAAGUAGUCAGUAACUUUAUCCACGUUUAUCAAUUUCAAAAGACAUAAACAAGAACUUUCACUCAAGUAGCACUGUCCUCGAACAAGAAUGUUGUUAACUUGAGGUUUGCUUUCACACUCCCUUCCGCUUCGUCGUCUCGAUCCGACGGGGACCGGGUGGAUAUUAGUUGUUUUUUAAGUGACCAAGCUUCAGACAUUGUUGUACGUUUUAGAACGAAAUCGAUUAAGUUAGACAAAAUAGAUAAAAUGCAUCCUAAUCCGGUGCAAUUGAUGUCGAAAUGCAUCAGAUGCAACCUCUGCCCCCCUUAGCAACUCUCUCCGACGUAAUGCAACCAACAGUAGAUGUACAAAGAACGUUUACUACCUGAAUUUGUGGAAUGGGAUUAACGAACAACUCUAGGCGUCAAACUAGAACAUAGUGACAUCAGAAUGUCACUUUAAGAAAUGAUGUGUGUUAAGAAAUAAAUUAGUAAAAGAUAUGCCCCACAUAUGCUCCGACCUCAACACACACACGCAUAAACACACGCACCUCUUGUGGACGAGAGGGACGCAUUAGGUAAAUCAGCUCCCCGAGCAGAUUAAGCAGAGCACGAGAUGCUCUGUUGGCUUUUCUGGGUAGAGCGGAGUAGAGUUAAAGACGGUAGGAAAAUAUAGAAAAUAGGCAUAUAUUUAUUAAUUAUUACCAUCGAAAGAUCAAGAAGUUGUAUGCUUUGUUCCAGCAUGGAAAGACACGUGUUUUAUGUGUAUGUACAUAAACAUGAACUGGGUUAAUAUAUCGUUUCGUGUCGUGGAAUUGAAUAAGUGAGUGCAAAAUAUCUUUAUUGUUGGCCCCAUUCGGCGUGGUCUCAUAGUCGAUCAUCUACAAUUAAUUUAAAAAAACAGUCCUACGCUGUGUAACUGUGGCAAUUUUACGGUUUUAUUUUAUUUUUGCAAUCCAAUACCGAUAAGUGACGUUUAUUUGUUUCCUGUUUCUAACUAACUUUACUCCAUAAGUUUAGACUUAAAUGAAUACUUUCGUUAUAUUGGGUUAUGCAGGGCAGAGUAAAUGCUAGAAAUCAAGGUGUGUUACAAAUGGAUUGUUGAUUGGUUAAUUUGCUCCGAAGAGUGAAUGGCGAUAAACCAGUAAAUGUGCAUGGGGCACGUGAAAAAUGGCUUCAACAGCAUUACUGAUGAUUUCUUCCUGUUGGACACUAAAACAAGCGCGCCAUUGUACAGAGAAUUCGAGCACCAGCAGUUUUUAUCAAAUGUAAAAACGAAAGUCAACUCACAACCGUGCAUAGCAUUGUUUCAACAGUUUCGGAGUACAUUUCGUUGGAAAUCCACUAUGGAAAGCUAUGAUUCACCAUAUGCAGAAAAUGUACAAAAUUUGCACGAAGUUUUUACUCUAAAUGUGAAAAACGAUCCGACAGUUUUUAACGUACGGUUUGCUGGCAUCUAAUACUUCUUAACGUACGUGGUUUUUCCGGGUAAAUUCCAUAAUAGCAAUGAAACUGGAAUAAACUUAGUUUCCAAGCGGACACGUGUUACAGAUUGGAUCAAUAAAUAAGCAUUAUCUGAA